UUGGCGGGCGGCGCACGAGUCGAACUGUUCCCACGCGCGAUACGAUUUGCUCGCCGCGGUGUAACGUAACAUGAACGGGUCGCAUUUCUAUACGCGCCGCGCCUCGCCGCGCUCGCACCGCCGAUAACAUCUGCGAAACCGAUAUUUAGGCCGGCGAUAUCGUGAUAGGGUUCGAAUUCGUGCGCGACAUUUCGCCGGCUCCGCGCGGCCAUGUGAUCGCUCCCCGACCGAUGGGAGCGAAAAUCGAACAAAAAAGCCGCCUGCUAAUGUCUACCCCUCCCGGCCGUAACAAAAAAGGGAUAAAAAGGUUAUUCCUGGAAUGCACACAUGUGGACGCCGGGUAAUAGUGGGUGCUCGUAUUGAAUCCGCAGUGUUAGCACGAUGCCUCGGAGGAGCAGGUGGAUGCAUCUGGCGGCGGGCGUCGCGCUCGGCGUCACCUUCGGCAUAUUCCUCAAGUUGUGUUUAAGGACCUCGUCCAGGACUACUAUAGAGGCAUGUCCGGAAUCGGCCAAACUGGUAGCCGAUCCCGACCCCCUCGCCCUGAUAGGGCUGAUGCCCAAUGAGACUGUUCACAACUCGAACAGGACAUUAGUGUUCGUGGGUGUUAUGACAGCUGAACAAUAUUUAGGGUCGCGAGCGAAAGCAGUGUACGAAACUUGGAGCCAGGACUUGCCUGGUCGGAUCGCGUUUUUCAGUUCUGAAGUGUCGCGUGCGCCGGGCUUACCUUUAGUUCCCUUGCGUAAUGUGGACGACAGUUAUCCUCCGCAGAAGAAGUCUUUCUUGAUGUUGCUGUACAUGUAUGAGAAAUAUGGGGAUGCGUUCGAGUGGUUCAUGCGUGCGGACGACGACGUGUAUGUGAGGGGUGAUAAGUUAGAGGAGUUCUUGCGUUCGGUGGACAGUAGGAAGCCUCAGUUCAUAGGGCAGGCUGGCCGAGGGACAAGUGACGAGCGGGAUGCGUUGGCUCUGGACUACAACGAGAACUUCUGCAUGGGCGGGCCUGGCGUGCUGUUCUCCCGGGAGACACUGAAGCGGGUGGCACCGCACGUGAAGUACUGCCUGAAGCACCUGUACACCACGCACGAGGACGUGGAGCUGGGCCGCUGCGUCGCCAAGUUCGCCGGGGUGUCGUGCACGUGGAGCUACGACAUGCAAACGAUUCUGCACCACAACGGCAGCGGCGCGCUGGCAUACACAGGCAGGUUGAAGAACAGGGAGGUGCACCGAGCCAUCACGCUGCAUCCCGUCAAAGAUCACCGGCAGAUGUACCGGAUACACUCUUAUUUUAAGAACCUCCGAAUCCAAGAGCUUCGAGAACGUUCCCUGGACUUGCACCGGGACAUCGCAUCAGCCAUGCGCGAGCUGGACGUGCCUGAAGACCUGGUGGCGAACUACCAGCUGCAGGAGGGGGUGCCGCUGUUUCCCGCCAAGAUCGGAGAGACGGAUUACUUGGGGAAUAAUAAGAUAUUGGGAGCACCGAUAGACAUGAACCGCUACAAGGCGAACACGGUGGAGGACAUCGUGCCGUUCGAGUUCAUCAGCAAGUCGCUGUACUCCGCCGCGCACUCCAACCCCAAGCGCCGCAUCGAGGGCCCGCUGCGGGAGGCGCUCGAUGAUGUCAUUAGAGAGGUAAUGGAGAUAAUAAACGCGCCGUCCCGUCAGCGCGGGCGCGUGAUCGACUUCAACGAGCUGCUGUACGGCUACACGCGCCUGCAGCCGCUGCACGGCGCCGACCACGUGCUCGACCUGCUGCUCAAGUACAGGAGGUACCGGGGGAGGAAGAUGACGGCUGCCGUCAGGAGGCAUGCUUAUCUGCAGCAGAGUUUCACUGGUAUGGAAAUCAGAGAACUGCCAAUGGGAGAUCCACCUCCUUUCGAGGAUCCAGAAGUUUUAGAAAAGGCUGAUAUUAACCUUAACCCAGAGUACGAAGACUUCGACGAAUCGCGACAACAACAAGACGGUAUCUUAGACAAGCUAAACGUUAGAGAGGCUCUCGAGAGUGGACUCAUGAAGCUGCAAAACUUGCCUAAUGUACUGAAGUGGGGAGAUGAUGGCGCUGAAGAUUACCCAGUCUACGACAGACGAAUACAUUUCAUACUACCUCUGUCCGGCAGACAAGAAACCUUCGGAAGAUUCAUGAGAAAUUACGAAGAUAUCGUACUCAAAACCAAUGAGGCUGUGUCUUUGAUAGUUGUAGUGUACCUAGAUACUAACAACCCACUAGACUAUAAGAACACAGAAAACUUAGUCAAAUACUACGUCGACUUGUACGGUAAAGACAUAAGAGUUGUGUCGAUGGGCGCGGAAACUUUCUCAAGAGGUGCAGCGCUAACAGAAGGACUCAAGUUAUGCUCGGAUGACGAUUUAGUAUUUUUCAUCGAUGUCGACAUGAUGUUUAAUUUCGAUACUCUUAGGAGAAUAAGGAUACACACUAUUAAAUAUCACCAAGUAUAUUUCCCAGUAGUGUUUAGUGAGUACAAUAAUGAAGUGGUGAACAGUGAUGAUUAUAACAAACUCAUAGGUGACACUGUUGCGGAGGAACCUACUUUUGACGAAAUGGACGAAAAUGAAGAGAUAGUAGAAGAAGAAAUUAAAUCUGAGAGGGAAUUGAUUAACUUAAAGUACACUAAAGAAAUAAGCAAUGAAAAUGGUUACUUUAGACAGUAUGGAUUUGGUAUUCUAGCUAUGUACAAGUGUGAUUUCGAACGAGUUGGUGGAUUUGAUUUGAAAAUCAAGGGUUGGGGAAUGGAAGACGUUCAAAUGUUCGAAACAUUAAUCAAAUCGAAUUUAUCUGUAUUUAGAACGGCAGACGAUAGUCUAAUACAUAUUUUCCACGCUGUGAGCUGUGAUAAGACUUUGGAAAGGCCUCAAUUUUUAAUGUGCCUCGGUACGAAAGCCUCUACUUACGGUAGUGAGAAGCAGAUGAUUUACUAUAUGUUGAAUCAUCCUGAGGUGUUGUGGCCUGAGGAGAGUGAGAUAGAUGAGAAAAAGAUUGAGGAGGAGAAGAAAGCUGAGGAACUGAAGAAAGAAGAGGAACAGAAGAAGAUAGAAGCUGAGAAGAAGGCUGAGGAGGAGAAAAAAGCUAAAGCUGAGGCUGACAAGAAAGCAGAACAAGAUAAAAAGUCUGAAGCAGAUAAGAAGGCUUCGGCGGAAAAGAAAGUUGAAGCCGAUAAAAAGUCAGAUACAGAAAAUAAAGCCUCAGCUGAAAAGAAAGUCGAGGAAGAGAAAAAAGGUGCUAGAUAGUACAGGGUUUAAAUAUGAACUAGAUAUUCGGUGCAAGUGAACUAAGUGAUUUGUAUAAAUAUGAGUACGAAUUCUAGUAUUUUUUAAAAUAGUUUUUGUUGUCCUUUUCUGUACAUAUUAAGCUAGAAAAGGGAGUCCUGUUUUUUAUAAGAUGUAAAUUAUAAGAAACUUUUAUAAUUUUUGUCUUAGGAGAUUGAGACGUGAACGAAUUGACGCAACAAAAUCGCAAAUCCGAUUUCGAACGAUAAAUUACUUUUUUGCUAUUAAAUGUGAUUUUAGUAUUAAGAAUUCUUGUAUAAAGUUAUAUAUCUUUAUAUUAUUGUUACUCUAGCUUGCGUCAACAUAUCAAUUGUAUAUUUUAAUCCUAUUUUUAUUGAAGAUUCCAUAUUGAAAUGAUGCAUUUAAAUCUAUUUUAUUUAAUUUACUCUCUACGCUAUUUAUUUAUAUAUAUUUUUGUUUCGUCCCUGUAGCCUAAUUUAUAAUAACCACUAUGUUAUUCCAAUCCAACUGAAAAUGUAAUUAAUCAAAGUAUCCAAUUUAUAACGUACUAUAAGCAUUUACACUUUAGCCUCAUUGUCCAUUAUUUCGUUAUUUUUUUGUUAAAACUUUUAGAAGACGAAUUCUCCAAUUUAUAUUUGUUCUAUAGUUGUUUUUAUAACAAACAGUUCUUUAUAUAAAUGUAAGUUUUUUUAGGAAUUGUUGAAUUUAAAAUCCCAUGCCAUUUUUUUACGAGUAAAGUUUAUGAGAACAAAAACAUGAUUUGAGUUAAAUAUUAAUAUAAAAUUCAUUUACGUUUUAUAUAAAUAAAUUGAAAAUUUUCGCAGAAUAUACACUAUGUUACGGUACGUUUUAGUGGACAAACGGCUUUAUAAUAUUUUAGAGUAAAAUAAUAUCUUUGUUCCUAUUGCAAACAAAUUAAAUAUAACGAUUAUUUAGUUUUUAUUAUACGACAUAAUCUAUACCUGCUUACAGGUGUUGCUCUUUAAUAUUUUAUUUAUAUUGUUAAUCUUCUCUAUUAUAUUAUAAACUAUUGAAAUUAUAUCAAACAUAUUUUAGUCUAAUGACAUCAAUAACCGAAACAUAUAUUUAUUGAAUUACAUAGCUAUGAAAAAAUAUUAAGGCGGAUAGGAUUGGUAUAAAAUAAAAAGGUACAUAUUGGAACUUAAAACGGCUCAAAAUAGCCAAAAUCAGGCUUAAAAUUACUAGCCUGUAUAUAGCAUAAUAAACUAGAAUAAUACUUCACUGCCACAAACAAGCCUCAAGCAUUUCAAUAGAUAUUAUUUCCAAAAUAUUUAAAAUCCUUUUAAUGUUUAUCUUUUGUAUAAAAUCUUUCUUUUGUCAUCUACAGUCCAUGUCAUACAGAAUACUCGAAACUUUGGUUGUGACAAAGCUUAUUUAUGAAAAAACUAUAAAUAAGCUCGUUCGGAAUAGGCAAUACCACUUAAAAGGCAAUAUUACUUACUUUACUUUAUUAAGGAGAAAUAUUGUGGAUGAUGUCAGGCUUAAACGACAAUUUAUAAAAUGGCGUAAAUGUUUUUGCAUAAUCACGAAUUUAAAUUAACCUAACAAUCGCCUCACCAAUAUAAUUUUAGUUUUCUUUAGAAGAAAACCAACACCCUAAAUACGUGUUUGAUAAAUAUCGAAUUGACAUUUGUAAUCGCUAUGAAACGCAUGACAUUAAAUAAUAAAUAAUCGGUUUUAAAAAAACAGAAGCAUGAUGGAGUAUCGCAAUAAAUUGCCAUCAAGGGAUAUCGAGUUACGUAAACACAAGGGCGUAAAUGUAAAUUUGGUCUUUAUUCAUUUAAACCUGGCAUCAUCUUACGAACUAGUGAUCCGUCUUUGUCUCCAACCCAGUGCUCUAUCAUAAUACGUAAAACUAAGUAUUAUUUUUAAAUAAAUGUAAAUAAUCAUGUACAUUUUAUUAUUGUGCUCACUAAGUGCCAAUCCCUAGUAUUAUAAGUAGAACAAUGAACGAUAAACAACACAUGUGUACUAUAUUGAAAUUAUUUCAUGUCGAUAUUAGAAAAAACUAAAUUUGAAAUUGCAUUGUGAUUUGAAAGUGAUGAAAUUAAUUGAAAUAGUACCUAUGGAAAAUAAAUAUAUUUUGUGAUGAAUUA